CCUGGUUCCAAAGGUCAACAAAGAUGGCGACGAAGAUGUCUCGAAAACUCUUAUCUUCUUUUAUCUCUUCAAAACAUUAUUCUCACGGCCUUCUACCGAGGUUAAGAAUUGAGAGAUAUGUACCAUUGAGAAGGCAUGUGGCAAGUCUUGCUCAACUUCCCGAAACGCAUGAAAUGUUGAGAAAAACUUGUCGAGAUUUUGCAGACAACGAACUUGUACCCAUUGCUGGUAAUCUGGAUAAAGAACAUAGAUAUCCUGCAGAACAGGUCAAACAGAUUGGGGAACUUGGUCUUCUUUCUAUGGAAGUCCCUGAAUCAUUAGGAGGGUCAGGGCUGGAUUAUCUGGCAUAUGCUAUAGCAAUGGAGGAGAUCAGUCGUGGCUGUGCAUCCACAGGGGUCGUCAUGAGUGUAAAUAAUUCCCUUUACCUUGGUCCUCUUCUAAAAUUUGGGAAAGAGGAACAAAAGAAGAAGUGGCUGACACCUUUCUGCUCUGGAGAAAGAGUUGGCUGUUUUGCUCUCAGUGAACCAGACAAUGGUAGUGACGCUGGUGCUGCCUCAACCACUGCCAAAUUAGAUGGAGAUCAUUGGGUUUUGAAUGGAACAAAAGCCUGGAUCACUAAUGGUUAUGAAUCUGAAGCAGCAGUAGUGUUUGCCACAACAGACAGAUCCAAGAAACACAAGGGAAUCAGUGCAUUCAUUGUACCCAAGCCGACAGAAGGACUGAGCCUUGGAAAGAAGGAGGACAAGUUGGGAAUAAGAGCCUCCUCCACUUGUUUACUUAUUUUUGAGAACUGCAUCAUUCCAAAGGAGAAUCUUCUUGGAGAACUUGGAGCUGGAUUCAAGAUAGCAAUGUCCACGCUUGAUGCAGGUCGUAUUGGAAUUGCAGGGCAAGCAUUAGGAAUAGCUCAGGCUGCAUUAGAAUGUGCAGUUGACUAUGCACAGAAAAGAAAUGCCUUUGGACAGCCAAUUGCAAGUUUACAGGGAGUUCAGAUGAAGCUGGCAGAUAUGGAGGUAAAAUUAGAAAGUGCCAGACUUCUGACUUGGAAGGCAGCAAUGCUAAAAGAUGCAGGAGAAAACUUCACUAAGGAGGCAGCAAUGGCAAAACUUGCCGCAUCUGAAGCUGCUACUUACAUUUCUCAUCAGUGCAUCCAAGUCCUUGGUGGUAUGGGUUAUGUUACUGAUAUGCCUGCUGAGAGGUAUUAUCGUGAUGCAAGAAUCACAGAGAUUUAUGAAGGAACAAGUGAAGUGCAAAGAAUUGUUAUUGCUGCAAGACUUUUAAAAGAAUAUGGCCAAUGAUAAAGCAAAUUAGAAUAAUGAAUAGAGACAGCGUUUUGCAGACAAUAUCAGUGUACUGGUAUAGACCAGGAAUUUUUAAUGAUGAUGAGAAUUGUUUGGUAAACACUACAGUAAACAUUGGAUAACAAUCGGAAUUGUGCGUAAUACUUCUCAAACUUCUUUUUUACAAAAUGCAGGACAUUUUAUUUUCAUCAUUAUUUUUUUUUUACUGGUUAUCUUUACACAGUAAAACUGGUGAACUCUGCUCAUGUUAGUUAAUGUUCUUUGGGAUGGAGUAAUUUCUGAUAACACAGAAGGUACUAAAUUAUUUAUAAAAGAACAAGUUGAGAUAGUGUUAUGUACAAAACCUACAGUUUCAGACAUGUAUUUUACAAUUUAUUGUUGAUGUAAUGAAAGAUACAACUAUUGAACAGUUGGGUGUAAAAAAUAAAAUACAUUUUUAUUGUAA